CGGUCCGUCCGCCCGGCCCCCCGUCCCUCGCUCCAUCCCUGCGUCCAUCCCUCCCCGCCCGCUCCGUUUUCUCGCUGUCCGCGGGCUCGGGCCCCCCACGCCGCUGCCACCCUGAAGUUUCUGGCGGUGCUGCUGGCGGCGGGCAUGCUGGCUUUCCUGGGGGCCAUCAUCUGCAUCAUCGCCAGCGUCCACCCGGCCGGCACCGCCGCUCCCGCAGCCGCCGCCGCCGACAAUGACUCGGCCGCCGCCGCUCUCCUGCCCGCUGCCGACAAGGGGCUGGGAGCGCUGCACGGCCCCGCCGAGGCUCUGGCCAGCGCCGGGCCGCGCCUACCCGGGGGGCCGCCGCCGCCGCCGCUCUUCAGCCGCUUCGUCUGCACGCCGCUGAGCGCCGAGUGCCCGGCCACGGGCCCCGGCCCCGGCCCCGGCCCCGAGGAGCUGCUGGCGCUGCGGAGCGCGGCGGCCCAGCUGCGCCGCACGGCGCUGGAGCAGAAGGAGCGGAUCCGCAUGGACCAGGAGACCAUCCGGGAGCUCACCGGGAAGCUCAGCCGCUGCGAGGGCGGCCUGCGAGCCCCCCCCGCCGGAGCCGCCGCCGUUCCCCCCGCCGCCGGGCUCCGCGCCGCCCCGCGCCCUGGCACCAUGGGCCACCCCCCCGCUGAGCCGCCCGCCGUACGGGAGCUGGAGGAGGCCGUCCGAGCCCUCCAGGACCGCAUCGACCGGAUAGAGCAGGAGCUGCCAGCCCGCACCAACGGCUCAGCACCCACUGCCCCGGCGCUCGCCCGCGAUGCCCUCCACACCAAGAUGGAGCAGCUGGAGGAGCAGCUCCUCUCCAAGAUCCUGACCCUGCAGAAGGAGCGCCAGGCUGCCAACACAGACCGCAACCAGCACCAGCACAACAUUGAGAAGGAGCUGAGCUCCCUCCAGAACAGGGUGACGGAGCUGGAGCAUGGACCACAGGGCUACAGUCCUCCUGAUGCCUUCAAGGUGACCAUCCCAGUGCAGAACAACUACAUGUACGCCCGCAUGAAUAAGAGCCUGCCGGAGCUCUAUGCCUUCACCAUCUGCAUGUGGCUGAAGUCCAAAGCCCUGGGGGGGCUUGGUACCCCUUUCUCCUACUCAGUCCCAAGCCAGCCCAAUGAGAUUGUGCUGCUGGAGUGGGGCAGCAACCCCCUGGAGCUGCUCAUCAAUGACAAGGUUGCCCAGCUGCCCCUGAGCCUGAAGGACAAGGCCUGGCAUCACAUCUGUGUGGCAUGGACCACCCGGGACGGCAAGUGGUCAGCAUACCAGGACGGCGAGCAGCGGGGCGCUGGUGAGAACCUGGCCUCCUGGCAUGCCAUUAAGCCUCAGGGCGUCAUCAUCCUGGGCCAGGAGCAGGACACGCUGGGCGGACGCUUCGAUGCCACGCAGGCCUUCGUGGGGGAGCUGGCGCAGUUCAGCGUGUGGGACCACAUGCUGGCACCGGCGGAGAUCCUGGCCUUGGCCAACUGCACCUCCCGCCUCCAGGGCAACGUGAUCCAGUGGGAUGACCAGGCAGUGGAGGUCUUCGGGGGUGCCAGCAAGGGCAGCUUUGCUGCCUGUGAGGAAGGGAGGAAGGCAUGAGCGGUCCCUCGCCCCCUCCCCAGUGCCAAGGAGCCCUCUGGCAGCCCCAGUGCAGGGAGCCCCUUUCUCCCCUCCCAGACCACCAAGCCCCUCGUGCUGGCAUCCUGGGAGGGAGAGGGGCUCCUGGCGGCCUCCCUCUUGACCCCACACUGAUGGUGUGGCUUGUCUGCCCUCCUAGCACGCCUGCCUCUGGGUCUCACCUCGCCCCGCUUCUGUUUUGGGAGGACCUCGCCAUACCCACAGGUAUCUCUGGUAUGGUGAGGGUCCCUGCCUUGUCAGCCCCCCCAGAAGGGAGGAGGAAGGAGACUUCCAUCCAUCCAGAGCAUGGUCCGGCCUCGGCGGGGUGCCAAGCGUGCGGGCACCCCACAGAGCACAUCCCCUUUCCUUAUUUAUUGAUAGUGCCGCACUCUCUUUGUUACUGUGAGCCUGUACUCUGAAUGAGCCCAAAGGCUUGGCUGCGAGGAUCUUCCCCUCCGGCCCCAUCCCUCUUCUCCUGCUGCCCUGGUUUGUCAAGCGUGGCCCUGGGGAGGAUGAGGGAGGAUUGGCAGGGCAACGCUCCCCCCAGUGCACGAGGAGUACUCCUGCCUCUGCUUGCCUGUUCAGGCAGGGUUGUCUGAGGGGCAUCAGGCUUUUGAGGCAGGAAGAAGCAGAAUGGCCAACCCCUUCAAGAUGGGGGAUCAGUUGGUCACCAAGGGAUUGGGGGAAAGGGGCAAAGCAUCUUCCCCAGCCCUGGCCAAGGGGGAAGGAGUGCAGCAACUGCCAUUGAAGGGAGCAGAAGCAAGAAGAAAAGGAGAUGGAGGGUGGUGGCGGCUGGGGGAACCCUGCCGUCUGUCCCCCGGCCUUUUGGGCACUGGACUGGGUUUCUGCCCUUGCCUUCUUGGUCCCCUGCUUUGAGCUGCUCCUGGCCAGGGACAGGGCUGCCACCAGCCUUGGGACAAGGAGGGUGAUGGGGCAGGCUGGUAUUUUCCCUGUGGAGUGCCUGAGAAUAUGCUGUUUCCAUGCUGUGCAGUGACCAACGUGUAGAUGUGUGAGUGCGUGUGAGUGUCUGGGGAGGGUGGGAGGGUUACUUCAGGGGUCUCAUGGUUGCUCAGUGCUGUGCCCAGCUUCCACUGCUUCCCAUUACCCCAAGCCCCAUUUGCGCUUUCGGUGACAGCCUCCCCUGUGCCCGGCAGAGGUGAAGCAGGGAGAGGGGACAGCCCAGCCGCCCAGCAUUGCCUCCCAUAGCGUCCCCACCACCAGGGGGGUGACUCAGCCUGCGGGGAUGGGGCACAGCCCUCGUGCCAAGUGGGAAACACUGUGAUCUUCAGUGGGCUGCCCCCUCUUCCUCGCCUGCUUGUGCGCUUUCUCAUGCACGCUUGUGACGGGCCCCUGAUGCGCGCCGGUGGUGGGAUGUUUCUUUUGUAAGGCUGACCGUGAACAAUAAACGUGGUGUUUUCUGUCGGA